GUAAACGGAAACAGAACAAAAAGACGUUCAUCCUUCCUGUUACAACUCUCACAACGGACCGACGUUUAGCGUCUGUUUCAGACUUCAAAAUGCGUUACGUGGCCGCCUACCUGUUGGCAGCGCUGGGUGGCAACAACAACCCCAGCAGUCAGAACAUCAAGGACAUCCUGGGCAGCGUUGGCAUCGAGGCUGACGACCAGCGCCUGGCUAAGGUCAUCAGUGAGCUGAUGGGAAAAGACAUCAAUGAAAUCCUGAACGCAGGAAUGUCCAAGUUGGCCUCCGUGCCAGUAGGGGGGGCUGUGGCGGUGUCAGCGGCUGGUGGAUCUGCUGCUGUUGCUCCUGGGGCCGCUCCUGCCUCGCAAGAGAAGGAGGAGGAGAAGAAGGAGGAGUCUGAGGAGUCAGAUGAAGACAUGGGUUUUGGUCUCUUUGAUUAGUUUUCUUUCUGACCUUUGUUAAAAACAUGUUUUGCUUUUCUACCUUUCUAACUAGAGAACAAAGAAGCCCUUUCCUUAACUAGAGAACAAAGAAGCCCUUUAAGUAGAGAACAAAGAGAACUUUUCCUUUGUACAUUUGUUAAAGAAGCAAUAAAGUUUGUGAAAUUAA